AUGUCAUCCUUCCAACUUCAAAACUCUGAAGUAUUGGCUAGGCUAAAGCCUUUUGGCAUUUCAUUUGAAAAAUCACUAAAUGAUCUAAUUAAAGGAAUUAGAGCACAUUCGAAAGAUUCACCAGAAAGUUUAGCCAAAUUUCUUGAUAUUGCAAUCCAAGAAUGUAAAUCGGAACUAUACACUACAGAUUUGGAGACUAAAGCCAUGGCCAUUUUGAAACUAAGUUAUCUAGAAAUGUAUGGUUUUGACAUGUCAUGGUGUAAUUUUCAAGUUUUGGAAGUAAUGUCUUCAAAUAAAUUUCAGCAAAAGAGAAUUGGAUAUUUGGCAGCUAUACAAAGUUUCAAAAAUGAACAAGAGCUAUUAAUUUUGGCAACAAAUCAAUUCAAAAAAGAUUUGAAUUCAUCACAACCUGUGGAGGUUGGUUUGGCAUUAAGUGGAGUAGCCACCAUUGUAACCCCAACUUUGUCAAAGGAUAUUAAUGACGACAUACUAAUGAAGUUAAACCAUUCAAAACCCUAUAUCAGAAAGAAAGCUAUACUUGCAUUAUAUAAAAUAUUUUUACAAUACCCAGAUAGUUUGAGGAUGAAUUUUCAUAAAGUAAUUGAGAAAUUGGACGAUUCAGACAUAUCAGUGGUGAGUGCUACAAUCAAUGUGAUAUGUGAAUUAUCGAAGAAAAACCCCAAAAUAUUCCUUAAUUACUUACCCAAAUUUUUUGAAAUUUUGGAAGAAACUAAAAACAACUGGUUGAUUAUAAGAAUAUUGAAACUAUUCCAAAGUCUAUCGAAAAUCGAACCCAGAAUGAAGAAAAAGAUUUUGCCUGCUAUAAUGGAACUCAUGUUACGAACACAAGCAUCAUCAUUAGUAUAUGAAUGUAUCAAUUGUGCUGUGAAUGGUCAAAUGCUAUCUUCUGAAUCGCAUAAAGAUAGGGAAACUGCAAAACUUUGUAUCGAACAAUUGAUGUCAUUUUUUAAAACUAAAGAUUCAAAUUUAAAAUUUGUGGGUUUGCUUGCACUAAUUAACAUUUUAAAGAUUUUUCCUAUAUUUAUGCACAAAAUAGACGGCGUAUCUACAGUUAUUAUGGAUUGCCUCAAUGAUCCCGAUUUAAUAAUAAAAAGGAAAGCAUUAGAAGUUUCAAAUUAUUUGGUGAAUGAAGACAAUAUUGCCGAAGUAGUAAAAGUAAUGCUACUACAACUAAUACCCGAAGAUAACGUCAUAGAUGAAUCCCUCAAAUUGGAUGUGACUAUCAAGAUCCUACAAAUAGCAUCUCAAGACAACUAUUCAAAUAUACCUAAUUUUAAAUGGUACGUUGCAGUAUUGAAAGAUGUUUUGAACUUGACUUUGUUGUCAAAAACAGCUUCUUCUUCACAUGUCACUUCAAAGAUAGAUGAUAAAAUAGCUAUAGAGCUUGGGAAAGAAUUUAAAACUCUUGCUACCAAAGUUCCCUCAAUUCGAUCGACGCUUCUACAAAAAAUUAUUAUUGAAACAGUCAUGGAUGAGAAUAUUAUCAACAUCUGUCCAACAAUUUUAAGGGAUACAUAUUGGAUAUUAGGGGAAUACAUUGAUGAGGUCAAAGUUGGAGUGAAUGAUCAUGACGAAGUUGAGAUUGAAGACGAAGAUUUGGUUGUAUCUAUGGGGAAAAAGCUUCAGAUCUUUAAUUGCUUGAUCAAAACUAGAAUUGACGACAAAUUGGGAAAUGAUUCAUAUAAGCUAUACCCGAUAUCUGCAGCAUUAAUUAGCUUAAAUCAACCUCAAGUUAUAUGUGUAUUAAUUCAAACUUUGGUUAAAUUAUACAACGGUAUCGUUAUUGACUAUACAAGAGCAUACUCAAAUGAUGCUGAGUUCUCAUCCGAGAGGUACAACGAGUUGACUUAUCAUUUGUAUGGAUUAAUUGAUUUUUUGAGUCGGUGGGAAAAACAUCAAAAUUAUGAAGUGCAAGAAAGAACACUUUCCUGGUUGGAGUUUUUGAAAGUUGCUCAUGAGGCGAUGGUAGGAGAUGACAAAAAUACGAUACUGAUUCUAGAGGCAAAAGAGCUUGAGUCAAUGCGAGGAGCUCAAUCACACGAUGACAUGAAGGUGAUUUUGAACGAUGACUCCAGUUCAGAUGAAGUUGGGUUAAGUUCGGCUUCAUCAAGUGAAGAUGAAUCCGACAAUGAUAACUAUGAAAGUUUAGUCUCUGAUAACGAGAAUUCACCACCAACCGAAUCCAAGAGCCACAUUUCCGAACUUGAAACGAAUCUUGUUACAUCCAAUGGGGAGAAGAAUAGUUUUGCAUUUUCAAAAAAGUUACCCGCAUUAAUAAGUCAUAUUCUACCUUCAUUCUUCAAAACCUAUCCUUUAAAUCCGAUUGCUAAAUAUUCACAACUGAAAAUUCUGGUACCUCAUGAUUUGGAUCUAGACACCAGGAUUAAUGACAUGACUGAAGACAAAUAUGAAAUAGGAGUUGAUGACAAAGAUGACUAUGAGUUGGAUUUAUCAGAAUCUGAAUUGAAGGAUGAACCUUUAAUUCAAUUAUCGAGUGAAGAGGAAAGUAGAGUUAAAUCUUCGGAUAGAUUAGAAAGGUUAAAAGAUGAUCCUUAUUACUUGGACAGUGGUGAAAGUAAAAAGAAAUCAUCUAAGACACUGGAAAAAUUCAGUUUGAUGAACAAAAAUUUAAAGGAUAGUACUACUCAAGAAAUUAUAACAAAGAAUGAGGAGCCAAGGAAAAAGAAAAAAGCAAUUAAACUUCAAAAGGAAAAAGUACUAAUCUUAGGAGAAGAAAGUAUCGAUGGUGAAGAUGCAAAUGACGAACAAACCUUAAAUGUUAUUGAAAAAAGGAUAAAACCAAAAAGCAAAAAUUCUUUCAAAAUUGACUCGUCUAACUUGGAUAAUUUCGAUUUUGAUGCAUCGACUGUUGAAUCAUCGCCAAGUUCACAAGAAUACAAUAUUGACUUGGAUGCUUUGAGAGAGAAGUUGGUAAAAUCUACGUUGACAACUGAGAGAAAGAAAAAAAGUAAAGUUGACGAUUUGAAAACAAACGAAAAAGCCCAAAAACAGGACACAAAUGAGUCUAAUAGUAAUAAUUCUAAAGUAGCUCCAAUUGUCACCGUCAAACCUAAAAAGAAGAAGAACAAGAAGAAAGCUGUAAUAAUUGAAUAG